CAAAGCACUUGUAUGAUCAUAAAUUCGUUUUUUGUUCUGUAGAGUGUACGUUUAUUUUGUUGUUGUUGUUUUGUUCACUGGGAAGUGCCAGUUUAAUAUUUUCCCGUUGAAAAAUUGCAUAAUAAAUAGGCGAUUGACGACUUUUUUGCAUAGCGAAUUGUGGGUGUCAAACGAUUUUUUUUUCGCAUUCAAAAGUCAACCGAAUAUCGACGUCGAACAAGAAGCAUAAGCAGCAGCAAAGAGCCUAAACAAACGAUUUUCUUUUUGUUUUCGAGCUAAAAUGUCCACCUGUCAAAGUGAUCGUGUUGAGUCACAGCACAAGAGAAUGAGCAAUGGAGUAGCUGUAACGAAAGAAGAAGAAGAAAAAAAAAACACACACAGCAGCAUAUUUGAGACAAGAUCUGAUUCUUGAUUUAUUCACGAACAGAGAAAAAAAAACAGAAGCAGAACAGAAAUGUAUUGUGCAAUGUGAAAAUGCGUCAAGUGCAAAGCUGAGCCAGCGAACAAAACAUAGAUAACCCUAAACGAAAUUCUAUAGCAAAUGAAACAAAAGACAGUUUUGAGAGAUACCAACAGCCAAUUUCGCGCAUAUACAGCGGCAGAAGCAUCAUUUGUUGAUUAUAUGUUGUGAGUUGUUGUUGAUCUUCGUUCACUUAGAAUAUAAUAGCGAUCAAGUAGCUGGGUUUAUUUAGAUCGAAAUCUUACAAAAUUCAAAACAUCGCACUAUAGUGUUGUGAACAACCUGCUGAAAAUGAGUCCACAAUGACUGUAUGAGUGUGUAUGUGUUUAUUCAAUUCAUUUCGUUCUUGAGUUUUUUUUCUGUAUUUCAUCUGUCGAUAGAAUCGGGCUUCCGUUCGUGCACCAAAAAAUGCGCAGUAUACACAAAAAAAAAACACACGCCACUGCUGAAUUGCAUAUCAAAAUAAAUUGAGUGACAGAGUCGGCGGCGAACGAACCAAACGAAGGAAAGAGCGAACGAAAUAGAGAACACUUAAAGUAAAUAUAAACACAGUAGCCACAAGUGACAAUAAUAAUGAACAGUGUUUCGGUUUCGAAGGCAAUUGACCUAUGCAAUUUAAAUGGCAACAAGACACAAAAAAAUAAGUAAUAAUUAGACACCAUAGGACAUAACAAGAAUAAACACCGAUCAAAAUAAGGCACUAAGAAAAAAAAACACCAAUGCAAUAAACACUUUCGUAUUGUGAGCAGAGAGAGAGAAACACGUAAAUUGAAAUAAAAAGUUGUGCGAUUUUUUUGUCAUUUGAAAUUUGCUGACGGUAGAGCAUAAAAAAGGCAAGUCUAAAGCCGUGAUCGAACGACACAUUGUGUCGAACCAUAUGUAUCAAAAUAUUAUAUGGUCAGCGAAAAAGAAAAAAAAAAACAAAUUCAUUGUCGCAACCGUAGAUCUGAUCAACAAAAGCGAAAAAAAUAUUUGCAAAAGUAAUCAUAACAGAGCUCGAUUUAUAAAUGCCAUACCAAACUAAAGAAACCGUCCGAAAAUGUCAAUACAAACACAUUAUGUGAAUUGAGUAAAUUUACGUAAAUUUCAAUUGCGUAUUUUAAACAUUGGUGUCACAUACACACAGACACACACAAGGUGCACAAAAUCGGAGUCCGGUUAUUGUUUCUUUCAAAAAAUUUGACGUUGUUCUUCAAGAUUGUUGUUUUUACAAGUACAGUAUAAUUGUUGUCAACAAUGUAAACGAUAUCGUUCAUUGCAAUCUGAUAACCCGUGGCCAAAAGAACACAAAUAAAAUAAAACCACAACCACAUGAGUGGUGAUCAGUCGUUCUGAUCAAGUUGAUUGAAUUACACGAUUUUUGCUGCGCAAAGCGUAAAUCAAAUUAAAAAAAAAAUGUCCUAUACGACGGCGGAAACGGGACGUGUGAAAAGUAUCAAAAGUAAAUUUGAGAAUCUAAAUAGUUUGGAAUCGUUGGAUAUAUCAGUGAUGGUGCCACAUAAAUAUCGAAAGCCAUCGCCAAGUUUCCUAUUCAAACGUUCAUCCACAUCGAUCGAUUUGCCCAUCCGACGAAUAGCGGUGCCAAGCAAUCGAACGCCACCAACAAAAUCACCACCGUCGCCACCAUCGCACAGCGAUAAUGAGGCAAAAAAACCGAUGCCAUUGGGCCAUUUGCGACGCCACAACAAUUUAGAUCGAACGGUGUCGGCCGAUACGGUUGUGGUGAAAAAACGAAAUUUCACAUCCAACGGUGAAGACGACGACACAUUGAAACCGUUGAUCGAAAUUAAAGAAAAUGUUGAAGUUCGAUUGCAACGACACAUAAACGAUCCAGUCAAACGCAGUAGCAUUAAGCGAAGUCCAGCAUUUCGUGUUGGUGAAAAGAGUGCAUCCAAUAAUGGUAAUUCAAAGAAUACAAGCAAUUCAAAGUCAAAUCGAAAUGAGCAUGUGAAUGGUGGUAGUGGUGGUGGUACGACAACGGAUGCAAAUGUACCGCCCGUUGUACCAAAAGAAUUUGCGGAGAAAUUUGAAAGCCUUUUGAAACGAUGUGAUAUUGAAGCAAAACAACAAAUGGACGAUUCCGGUUUGAGUGAUACAUUGAAAGCAUUUCUACGGCAACCAUUGCCAUCUGGGCCUCCACCACAGAAACCACCCCGCACAUUUAUCGAUUCACCGAAACAAGUACAAAAAAAUUCGACAUUGAAUGCGUCCAGUGAUAAUGAUGAUGAGGCUGUGGAAAAAGAGGAAACAAAAUGCACACGAAAUUAUGUACCUGCUGUUACUGCACCAUCAUCAAAUGCACCGACCAACGAAAUGAGACAGAAUAACAUGCGACAGAAAAUUGACCGUCUUGAAAAUCAACUCGUACUUAAAACCAAUCACAAUAACAAUAGAAAGGGAAAAAGUCCAAGAUCGGCAUUGAGCAAAGAGAAACUAAAUCCAUUUAGUAGCAGUCUAUUGAAUUGCAUACCAUGCUCAUCCGCAUCGAUUUAUGACACCGGGAUCAUUGGACCCAAUCAAUUCGGUAAGGUGAUGCGAUCAAAAGAACCGACCACAUCCGAUGAACAACAAAAAACCAACAAAAUCGGAUCGUCGUCAAAUCAUACACGAGCAACACAAUCGACAACAGAACCAAUUUAUAUGGAACCAUUUGCACAUUUAAAACACUACAAUGCCAAAACAAUGAACGGUUGUUCGACACCAACAAAUCAGAAACAUGGUGGAAAUCAUUUUGUGAUCGCAUCACCAACAACACCAUCCAGUCAACAUUUAUGCAGCACAGAACCAAAGCUUCUAUCAACGCCAUCAUUGUCGAAUAAUGGAUCAUUUGAUGGUCCGGAAAGUUUGGGCUCUAGUCUAACAUCGACAUCGUGCACUUCAUGUACGGCCGACGAUCAUUCAAUCACCGAUCUUCAUGACAUUCAUUAUAUGUGUACGAGCAUCGAUUCGAAAAUUAAGAGCUCCGAUUCGGAUUCCAACUCAAAUGAAAAUGAUCAACCAUUGCCCAAUAGCAAUACAUAUGAUGAGAUAAAUAUUUUGGUGAAUGCGGCCUUUGAACAGCAUAAAUCAAGUGACGGAAUGGGAAAUUCACCAUCGAUAUCGCAUUCGUUAUCGCCACUAAAUACAGAGAGCGGAAAUCAACAACAACAGCACCAGCACCAACAGCAGCAGCAAAAGAGUACAAUAAAGUUGUCGCGAACGUUAACGGAGAAGCGAAAAGAUUAUGUUCGUCGGGUGUCGGCUGUUAAGCAAAUGCAGCCCGACAGUAUAUUGACAAAUGAUUCGUCUCAUCAAACAUUCAAACCAUCGGUAUUUCGAACAUUUUCCGUUGAUAAUACGGACGACGAGACCAGCCACAAUGAUUCAAUCGUUAGUAAUGUGACUGUAAACAGUAGUAAGCAACAUGUUUCACCGAAAAGUGUUGGCGCCAAUGAUGGUAACAGUCAUUCAAUGUCGAUCGAUGGCCGAAACAGCGAUAAAAUUGAUAUUGCCAUUGAUGAUGUGCUGGACGGUUCCAGUCAAAUGACCGAUAAAGUGUCCAUUGAUGUCGAUGACGAUGAAAACAUUGAUAACGUACCGAAGCUAUUUCAAGUGUGUCUCUUGAUCGGUUUCAAUAAUAGUACACACCAAGCGUAUAUCAAAACAAAAUUUCCGUCCGACGAAGAUAUACCACCGAAUAUUGAGCAAUUGGUGUUUCCCAGCAAAAAUUUGAUAAAUCAAACGCGUAAAAAUCAAGACUACAGUAUUAUUUUGACCGAUACGAAUGGAUAUCAUGUUUAUGGUUAUUGUCGUCGCAUAUUGCCAGAAAGUUGUGAUAUUUGUUUACCGCUCGCCUAUUGCAUUAUCAGUGAGAUAAAAGCGCCUGGUUUUUAUUUUCGAAUUUUACGAGAAAUCGAAACACGACAUGGUCAAGCCGAAUUCCAAACAAAUUUUCUACUUCAAAGUUUACAAACCCGUUCAAUACCAGCGGCUGGAAAAUUUUUACACGUAAAACUUCCAUUGUCACCACGACCAAAAACCAUAUCAUCCACACAUCAUAAAAUUACACCGAAACGAUUGAGCUUAGAAGUGAAUCCAAAGUGGUUGACAGAAUCGGCAGCACAAGCGGCAUUUAGUAAUUGUGAAUCGGCCAAUAUAUCGGUGACCGAUGCAAUGCCAGCAAAAAAAGAACGUUCAAACGCCAAAUCGCUGGUACAGGAAUUCGAAGAGAAAAAACAACAAAACAACGGUGCACCGUUUGAUUUGUCGCUGAUCAAUCGCAGUCUAUUCAAUGGCAAACACAAUGGAAAAUGCGAUGAGAUUUUUAUUCGACGACCAAAUGAUUUACGACUUGAGAGUACAGAACUCAGUGAUUUGUAUCAAGCCAUGGGACCGGAUCUAUUGAUUGUCGUAUUUAGUAGUUUACUGUUGGAACGUAAAGUCAUUUUAUUUACGGAAAAUAUUUCGAUUUUGGCAUCAUGUGUACUGGGGCUACAAACAUUGCUCUAUCCAUUUCAAUGGCAACAUACAAUUAUUACCAUUUUACCCGAAUCACUUGUUGAUAUUUGCCAAGCACCCAUCCCUGUGCUAGCCGGAGUGCUAGAGCCAAUCAAUUUUGAUAUUGAAGACGGUAUUGUUGUCGAUUUGAAUACAAGAACACUUGUACAGAAAUGCGGUGAUGAGACAACAAUUCUGCCAAAUUCACUUAGCCAUUCGCUUAAAGUUUCACUCGAAAUGGUAGACUUGCUGGACCAAGGGAAGAUGCUGUCCAGCGUCUUGAUUGCCGAAGCAUUUUUACGAUGUUUUGUUGAACUAUUCGUUGGAUAUAAAUACAGCCAUUUUGAUAAAAAACUAUUCAUCGAAUCUCAUUCAUCACAAUCGUAUCGAUUAUUUUUGGAGUGGUUUGUGGAAACGGCAAUGUUUCGACAUUUUGUUCAUCAAAAAUUUACACAAAAAGACAUGGUAGCAAGUGCUGGACUGAGUGUGACCACCGUCGAAUGGAUGGGCGCAUCAAAAUUCUACGAUCUAUUCGAUUCGAGGAUAAUGAAAAAUGAAAAUGAGUCACAUUCAACGCAACAAAAUAUGGAAAUGAUCAUGAAAAAUUGCAAAGUGAUCAAUAAAAAGGGAAAAACGUUCAAAGAUCGCUUUAGAGAUUUCAUCAGCAGCAGCAGCAGCAACAGUACUAAUAAUUAAAAUACUUUCCCAAUCUCUCGAAUGGAAAUUGAACAUGACAACAUGGAAACUAAUUUACCUCAUCUAUAUUUAUGUACAUUUUUUUUACAAGAACCCUCGUAUAUAACCGUACAUAUUGACAAAAGAAAAUCUAGCUACUCAGUAAAUCUAUUUUCAAAUACAUGUCAUACUGUUAAUAUAGUGUUUGUGUCAUUCGAUCAUUUUCGUUGUAAUGAUAAUUCGCGCACAAUUUUCGAAGAAAUUUCAACAAAAUCAAAUCUAAUACAAAUAUGUAUAAAAGAAGAGUGUUAUUUUGUCACAUUAAUAUAAACAUAGAAAUUUUAGUUUAUUUUUCACUUUUUUGCACAGAUGUUUUUUUUUGUUUGCUAUUUAUGAAACGCGCACGUGCGUAUAGCAAUAAGAUAUUUAUAUACAUGUUUUUUUUCUCUAAUGAAUAGAGCGAAAGAAGCCAUAGUUCAAGUCCAGAAAUGAAAAAAAAUAACUGUUAAAAUGUAUUUAGCAAUAUAAUGAUUCUUCUUAGAGUACAAUUAUGAUGGAAAUUAAGAUAAUUAGGACCAUUGAUGCUAGAGUAUCAUAUUUUGUGUUAUGCAUUCUCAUUCAAAAAUAAUAAUUACGUUAAACGUGUGAAAAUCAGAAAAAAAGUUUUAAUUUAAGAGAAAGUAAGGGCCUUUUUUUGUGCCUUAUCACAUUAUUGACUUCAUAUACAGUGACAUGCAUUUUUGCAAAUUCAACAAUUUUGGCACAGUGAAAAUGUUAUUUUACAAUUAAAUAGUGAGCGAAUAAAUUGAGUUCGAUCAUAUUUUGUAUGUUAUGCUUUUUGUGCGACCCCAUCUUUAACUGAGCCAAUAAACUCUAUAACAAUUGUUAUAUUCCAUGGAAAAUUAUUAAUAC